AUGAGUGAUCAGCAGAUGUACUCAACUGGGUCUGAACUGCCUAGUGAAGGCCCUCCACUUAAGAAACCCUGCAUGCUUGAUACGCCACCCGUCGCAACAACUCCAGACGAUGGUAGCGAUUUCUACAAUACACCCUUGCCUGCGGAGACUCCGGUGCCGAGUACGAUGACCGAUGCCUCCACACCUGCCACUGAAGCCAUUCCUCCUGUACAACAAGUUCCAGCGAUCCCGGGACUGGGCCUGAUCAGCAACCCCAGCGACCAGCAAACCCCGCCAACUCAGCAAGUCAGGACCGAGGAAGAGCCGCAAAUUCCUGCUGUGAAGUUGGAGAAGGAUGAACCGAUUUCCAAGUCCGAGGGCAACAACACAGCGACCAAGGAAGAGUCUGUGGAUACCGCAGUCAAUCAGGCCGCCGGCGAUGAAGCACCCGCAACCACUGGGGAGGCUAUGGAGGUGGACCAAAAACCCGAGCAAAGCAACCUGGAUGCCAGCAGUGGAUUGAUCGACAAUACCAUAAAAGAGGAGAAAGAGGAGGAAGAACACCCUGAGUGGGAGGUCGAUUCAUCUCCAUACGAGUCUUCCUCUGACAGCUCGUCCGACUCAGACGACAGCAGCGAGGACGAAGACUACCCAAUUCUCACCCCCGAAGAGCAGGCCCGGAUUUUGAUGCAGGCUGAAGCUGGCUCUGACGAUGAAGGAGAAGGCAAGGGCAAGUCGGGAGGAUACAUUCGUUCUACCAACGAGGUUGUGGAGGAUGUGCUGCCAAUCCCCGAUAUUACGAUCACACCCGAAAUGCCCAUUGUACUACUGGGGAAUCUCAAAACUCUCAUCGAGAAUGCCGCUCUUAUCGAAGCCAGCACUUCAGGAGAGUAUCAAGUCCUGGAGUCGGGCUCAUUGCUUUGCUCAGAAGAUCGCAAGGUUCUCGGUGUUGUUGCCGAAACCCUCGGCAGAGUCGAGAACCCCUUGUACACUGUCAUGUACGCAACUGCCGCCGAGCCUACAGAGCGAGGUCUUUCUAAGGAUAUGACUGUUUACUAUGUUCCGGCCCACUCGACAUUUGUCUUCACACAGCCCCUAAAGGGUCUGAAGGGAAGCGAUGCGUCUAACUUCCACGACGAGGAGAUCGCAGUUGAAGAGAUGGAAUUCUCCGACGACGAAGCAGAGGCUGACUACAAGAAGAGACUGAAGCAGAAGCGCCAGGAAAGAAAGGAUGCUAGGGAUGGUGGCGGUGGACGUGGAAAGAAAGGACCGGCAGAUGGUUACACACCCCUUGCCCGACCUAAGAAUUACCACGAAAUGAUGGGAGCUCGAGAGGCACCAGUUGAGGGCACCGAGCGAGCAUCCGGAUUCCGUGGAGGUAGAGGUCGCGGACGGGGCUCUGACCGCGGACGAGGUGGUCGUGGACGAGGCAAUGGAGGCCGAGGAGGAGGAGGAGGCUCGUACGAGCGUGAUCAGGACCGUCGUCCUCAGAACCAACAAGGAAACAGUUCGCAGUUUGCAUCUGCAGCACCUCAACACCAGCCUACUGGAUAUGGCCAACCGGCAUAUCCUCAGCAGCAACAGCAGCAACAGCAGCAACAGCAGCCGCAGCCCGCCUUUGGAAUGCCCCAGGCUUUCGCUCCGUACCAGCAGUAUGCGCCCCAACAGCAAGCACAGCUUCCUCAAGGCGCAGCUCCAGGACAGUUUCCUUUCCAAUUCCCCUUCCAACAACCUUUUGCCCAGCCGAAUCCUUUCCAAUCUAUCCCUCCUGGUGCGCAUAUCAAUCCUCUUUUCUUGGCGGCAUUGCAACAACAGCAACAAUACCAGCAACCCCAGCAGCAGCAAUAUCAGCAACCCCAGCAGCAGCAAUAUCAACAGCCGCAGCAGGGCCAACAAGCUGCCCCACAGGGACAACAAAACCCUGCAAUGAACUUUGACCAAGUCAAAGCUCAGUUGGAUCUUCUACGGAAUCUGAGCAACAACCAAGGGCCACCUCCCUCUUGA